UUCCGGCCGUGGCGACAGUCAGCAGUCGGACAGUGUGCGGGAUUGUGCUGCGGAGUAGUGCAGAGAGCGCGUGGAAAUGUACGCGUAACGCGACGGUCGCUUGUUAUGUUUGACCGUCCCACCGCGGGUGAUCACGGUGAUAGUGCGCCGCGUCGUCGUCGUCGCGUCUCCGACGUCCUCCCCGUCGCAGCUGAAACCUUCGCGGCAACCGGAUCCCGCGGGUCCCACGCUCUCCCCGUCCUCACCCUCGUCUCCCUGCUGUUGCCCUCGGCGCCCAACACGGUUCGGUGACACGGCGUCGUCGAAGCGACCCUGCGCGCGGCCCGCAGCAGAAGCAUGCAGUUCUACAAGGACAGGCUGCUGUCGCCGGGCCAGCUGAAGCGGCUGAGCGAGCACAAGUACAGCUGCACGAGCAGCAGCCUCCUCGACGGCCUCCUGCAGCCAUGGUGGGACUGGCUGGUCAGCAAAGUGCCGCUCUGGCUCGCGCCCAAUCUCAUCACCGUCGUCGGCCUGAUCAUCAACAUCGUCACCACCCUGAUCCUCAUCUAUCACAGCCCGGACGCGAGGAUCGAGCCACCUAGAUGGGCAUGUUUUUUAUGUGCACUUGGUCUGUUUAUAUAUCAGAGUUUAGAUGCUAUCGACGGUAAACAGGCCAGAAGAACUGGCACGUCUACGCCGUUGGGCGAGUUGUUUGAUCAUGGAUGCGAUUCGAUAUCGACAGUGUUUGUAGCUUUGUCAGCGUGUGUAGCUGUACAAUUAGGAUUCUACCCAAUGUGGAUGUUUUUCCAGUGUUUCUGCGCCAUGACGCUUUUCUACUGCGCUCAUUGGCAGACCUAUGUGUCAGGUUCCUUGAGAUUUGGUAAAGUGGAUGUAACGGAAGCACAGUUUACAAUCAUAGCUAUUCAUCUGAUUUCUGCGAUCUUUGGUCCACAAAUCUGGAUGAUGGAGAUACCAUUCUUAGAUGGUUUUAUGUUUAAGUAUUUGUUAGGAGUUAUGACAAUGGUGUGUGCACUGGCAAAUUUGUAUUCCAUAUUUUCGGUGAUUUUCACCGGAGGAGUGGGCAAGAAUGGUUCCACUGUGGCUAUCCCCGUUCUCGGUGUAGGCACGUUGAAUAACUACAUAGCAAUGGUCUUUUACGCAGGCUACGUUCACGUGUUCCUUGAAUUCUGUAAAGUCUUUGAAUCCGGUGGGAUUGGAAAAAACGGUUCCACAAUUGCAUUGCCAUACACUGGCACAGAGGUGAAGGUGUUUCCGUUAUGGGCUGCUGUGGGCGUCGCUAUUUUACUUGCACAAAGCAGCAUAUCCGUCAUUCUCGCCGGUGGUGUCGGAAAAAAUGGCUCCACCGUCGCAGGAACGUCCGUUUUAUCACCAAUUAUACCAUUUAGCUUUGUGGUAGUACCGGCUUUUAUAAUAUAUAGAAAAAGCGCUGAACACGUCUACGAAAACCACCCAGCCCUGUAUAUACUUGCGUUUGGAAUGGUGGCGGCCAAAGUUACGAAUAGACUAGUGGUUGCUCAUAUGACUAAGAAUGAGAUGCAAUACUUGGACAGUUCGCUAAUCGGUCCAGCUAUGCUGUUCCUCAAUCAAUAUUUCAACUUCUUCAUCAAAGAAUACUACGUUCUUUGGCUGUGUUUCAUCUGGGUCGCUGUGGAUCUCUUCCGGUAUAAUUCUCAAGUGUGUCUUGAAAUAUGCGAUCACAUGAAGAUCAAGCUAUUCAGGAUACCAUGCAACCACCAUGCAGGCACUAUCCAGGUCAACGCCGCCGAGAAAAAUGUUCACAUGACGGUGGAGGAAGAGCCGCUGUUGGACGAGGAAUACCAUCACGGAUCCGACACGGCCGUCGACCUCUGAUAUAUGUUAAGCUUUGAGCUAUUGGUUUCUCGAUCGGCUCGCGACCACGACUUGAAACAACGAUCGCGAUAACACGGUGCAGGGAUUGCGGAAUAAUUAUAGGCUCGCGCCGAUCUCGCGGGGAAUAUUGCUGAGCGACACCCGCGCGAGGCCGCCGCGCAGUCUACGAUUGCACGAGGAAUGAAACUUGUGUGUCUCAUCCCUAAAGAUGCAUGGUGUACCUCGCACAUCACGUGCUCGCGCGUAGAGAAGAAAUCUGUCCCGCACCUCCCUUUUGUACCGCAAUAUUUUGUACAUGUCGUUUCGCUACCACAAUACAUUUAUAGUUGUAUUAGAUUCUGACGGGCGGAAGCAGUACGAAGAGCGAGCAUUGAACGAUAGAGUUCACUGUUAAAUUCGUAGGGUCAAAUUGUACUCGAUUUCAGUCAUUUUUAAUCAUUCCUAUAGGUCGCCUCCUCCUACUAAAUAUGUCACUAACUAAAACAAUGUUAAUUUAACUGAACCAAGGAAGUUAGAAUAAUACUGUUUUGUGUUAAAGUGAUCAAUUUCGACACACAUGCUAGUUAAAAAGUAACAAAAUCUUAUAUCUAGCUCAAAGUAUUGAUUUAAGUUUUUAAUGUCUAACAAGUGUUGAACCGAUAGUGAUUGUACCGAGCUACGAGCGAAAUCGCUUUAUUUUUUCCUGUUAUACGUGUGCGCUUGUCAGGUUGGCUACUUAAAUGGCAUUACUUAAAUGGAUGUACAGGAAAAGGAGAGAAGGAUAUAUUACGGGUGUGAAGCUUUUUUCGCGCGGUGGUGCGGCAUUCGAUUACCGCGAGCUUGAGGAUACUUAUAGCUUAGAUAUACGUAAGAGAGUCGAAAUCAACGAUUUUUGUCUCGUUAUUAUCUCGUUAAGAGGGACUCUCGAGAAUCCCUGACGAAGCUGAUGAAAUGUAUUCGGGAUUGUUAAAGGUAGCACUUUGAUUAAACGUAUAAGGAGCGAUA